AUGGCUAUGCUGACCUGGGAAGGGAAACGAAUGAGAAGUACCUCAACAACAAGACAGCUUCCGACAAGGUCAACCAGUUCGCAGGAAUGGACAGUCCCAUCAUUGACUCGUGGUCGAAAUCAGUUCCAUUUCGAUGGAUCAUGUGGUGAUCGACCAUGCUGCUUCCUCGUUGCAGCGAGUUCCAACCACGACGCUGAAACGAACAAUCACAACCAAGAAGGACAAACCACCCUCCUAUUCCAUUGUCAUUGGUAUGAUCAAGGAUGGGGUGAUCAACAAGGUCGCGUAUUAGUCGUCGAGCAAGAACGCCCGAAAAAAGAUUUAGAUAAGCAGCUACUAUCCCUUCCGUUUGGAAAAGGUCGAUUGGUGGCCAUGUCUCCCAUAGUGCAGCACGACAAACGACAUUUGACAUUGCGCUUUCCGCCCAAGCCAAACAAAUUGUAUCAAUUCUGGUGCAUCGUUGGGGGUGGUGGAUACAAUGAGUUGCAUCUGGAAGAAGUGAUUUUGCAAAAGUAUACGCCAUGGGAUCAUAAGGCCUCGAUUGUUUCUGUGCCAAAGAUAUUUCUGACUGCCAAGAAGUGGUCUUCGCUCUCAGUAGCUCCCCUUGAUGUGAAACGCAAGAUUGUUUCCUUCUUAUCUCACAGUGAUGCGAUCCAUCUCAUCAGCUCUUGCAAGCGUUUUGCAGCCGAACUUGCUCUGUCGCAAGUCGUUUCACUAUUGCUAGGCGAUGGUGAGCACCAAGCCUGGACCAACUCGCCACAUCCAAACUGCUUUGCCGUGUAUCUUCCCAAGACAGUAAAUCAAGUACACUCUAUUCUCUUUCAGUGUACAAUCUCAAUUCCAGACUAUAGCUGGUGGUGUCUUGGGCCUGUCACUAUAUCCAUCAUCGCGCAGGGUAUACCAAAACCAAAUGAUACCAGCGCUGCGAUGCACCCAAGACAAAUCCAGCAGCUCCCGUUUGAACAGGGAAGACUCAUCUCCAAGAGGUCAAUAGUAUUUGGAAACUGCAAGACUGCCAUAACUUUGACCUUUCUUCCAAAGAAGAAUGAAUGCUAUCAAGUAUGGCUCAGCCGAGACAGCUCAUUCGUGCCGCCCACUGCUGGUUUAACAAUUGUUGAGAAUCCGAGGUUCCGCACCAUCGGUUAUGGAACGGGCAUUGCGCAAUCAUUUACGGCAACCUACACUGGCUUUCCGCCGACUCAAAAGACGCUAACUGGUAGCGAUUUCGAAUUACUCUCCAACGGUAUGGGUCAAACUGUUCACCAGUUGAUGCGCUUGCAAGACUUGCAAGAGCACCACCACCAGCAUUCGCGAUGA